UUCUAGUUAGCUGUGGUUGUGAGUAGUGGCUCUCUGGUGGACAGUCAAGCAGAUUCAUGAUGAAAAGUGCGUUAAUGAAAAAGCCAGAGAUGAUGAGGAGACGGUGAUGUUGUCAGGAAGUGAUGUGAACAUGUUUUCACUUUCAGAGCAGCAGCAGAAGGAUUUAGCGAAGAGCCUUGUAACGUUCUUGUCGAGACAUAAGCACAUAUCCGACUCCUACAUUAUUGAGUUUUUCAGUGAGAACCUGUGGGAGACACUACCUGAAAGAUGGCAGAAAGCUUUGCAAGAUUUAUCACCACCUCAGGUAGCAAACCUGCUGCUGGAAAGAGAGACCAAGAACAGAGUCUACCCUUCAGUGUGGCCUCUUUCUUUACUGGCGCUACGGGUCACAGCUCACACACUGGUGUUUCCCCGGAUGUCUCCAGACCACCAGUCUGAGGACACGGUAAAGCCAGAUGAAUUUCACUCGAACAGCAGUCAAAGCUCUUUGCUUGGUCAUAUCUUCCGCAAACAUGUGAAACCCAAGAAACAACACGAGAUUCGUAAGCUUGGCAUGUUGGUUAAGCAGCUGUGUGACCGGACUCAGUGUAGCAGUGUGGUUGAUGUUGGGUCUGGGCAGGGCCAUUUGACCCGUUUCCUGUCGUUUGGACUUGGCCUGGAUGUUACUGCUAUUGAGGCUGAUCCCAAUCUAGUUUCAACGGCCUCUAAAUUUGAUGGACAGCUCCUGUCGACCUUAGCCAAAGAGACUCGAAAGACAGGCAUCGCUCACACAACACUUGAUCCUGUACCCCGGCAUAUAGGUGGCUGGGUUAACCCCAGAGACACCUGGGAGACUUUCCUUCAGCAGUUGGGGAAGAGGGAGAAAAACAGUGAGAGCUAUCCAGGCAUGCCAGGACCAUGUAAAAAGAGACAGCGGGUAUCAAUGACAUCAGGCAAGGAAUGUGAGCUUGAAACGGAGCUCGUUUGUGGAGGCCAGCACUUGUGCACAGAGGAAUACAGUUUGGUAGCUGAUGAGAAUCCAGCUAGGCCUGUUCUUCAGCAACAUGAAAAGGAAAGCAAUGACUGUGUAGCUCUGUCAGGCACUGUGAUGUCAGAACAUCGCCUUCAAGCAGGUUUUGGAUGGACUUCAUCUGUGCAUUCCAAGGUCUCUUCUAGUGUUAAAGAACUGACGUGCUCAGAUUUUAUACUGACUGGACUUCAUGCUUGUGGUGACCUUAGUGCUACUCUCCUCCGCCAUUUUGCUAACUGCCCCCAUGUUCGAGGAAUCACCUCUGUAGCAUGCUGCUAUAUGAAAAUCACUACCAAGGAGAACCCUACACCUCCUGGUGUCUUGCUUCCCUCUCUGUCUGAUAACAUCAAUGAAGCAUCACCAUUAGAAUAUGGCUACCCAAUGAGCAAGUGGGUGAGACAGUUGCCCGGACAUGAGCUGUCCUAUAAGGCCCGUGAAGGAGCAUGCCAUGCAGUUGAGGACUAUCUCCAUAGGUUGAGAGAUGAGAGCUCGUUACUUAAAACGCACUGCUACCGAGCAGCUUUGGAGAGCAUCAUCAGAGCAGAGAGGCCUCAGCUACGCAGAGCAGGAAUCCAGACCAUUAAAAAAGCCCAUAUGCUACCUUUCACAGAGUAUGCCCGUCUGGGGCUUGCCCGUGUUGGCUUGCCUGCUGACCUGACCUUUGACUCUGUUAGUGUGGAAGGCCUGCUGGAGCAGCAGGGCAGAGUGGUGGUAUAUUUCAGUUUGGCUCUGCUGCUGGCUCCAGUUGUGGAGACUCUGGUUCUUCUGGACAGAAUGCUCUUCUUGCAGGAGAGAGGUUUUCAAAGCCAGUUGAUUCCACUGUUUGAUCCAAGACUUUCACCACGAAACCUUGUGUUGGUGGCAAUGAAACCCAAAGAUGAUGAAGACAUCAUUUAGGAGAACGAUUCAAAACAGUCAUCUGCAGUUGCUGUCCAGAAUUCCAAAAAUGUUCAAGAUUGCAUUUGCUUCAAGGGAAAGUGCACUGAUGUAACUUGAGUGUGUUUUAUUAAUGAAAUUGUUACUUAGAUGCAGUGAUCUGAAUUUUAAAUCAGUUUUUAAACCUGCUGACAAGUAUCUUCUGCUGAGUUCUCCUGCCAUUUUUUUUCUGCUUUAUUGAACAAAACCAGGUCUGAAACUCAAUAUAAAAUCCUUAACAGUGGAGGAACAUAUUUUAAACUGUUUCCUUAGUUUGAGACCAAAUCUUGUCCAGAAAAAUGAAAUCUCUGUGGCUGUUCAUACCUGUUGCAAGUUAUGUCAAAAUUGCAUGAGUGAUGUUAUUGAUUUUUAUUUUGAUAUGGUUUCUAAUACACAGUGGUUUCUCUAUGUGUCUGUCUCUGUGUUCACAACUGUCUCAGACAGCCUACAAGAAUAAUCCUCUUUGGCCCACAGUGGAAGUUGUAUAGACCGUCAGAGUUACCAGAUUGAAUGUGCUAUACAGGUUGUUUUACAUUAAUCCAUUUGAUUAAUUACCAGGUUUGAUACACAAUUAAAAUACUGGGAGUACUUAAACCAUUGUGUGUAUUCAGUUACAUUAGAACUGCUGAGUGGGUGGCCUUUGACUAGCAUGCCCUGCCUGAGACCUAAUUGUAUUAAUGAAGGUAUCAGAGCUCAGGAUCUCUGGUGCAUCUCAUAAAACAUUUAGCAUGGCACAGAUAUGAACCAACUAUAACAUUUUAGGCAGAAUCAAAGUUGGAAACAGCUUAACUGAAGAAGUGAAAGACAGUAUUUAAUGCCUUCUCUCAGUUUCUGCCAGAAAAAAAGGGUAAUUCAUUGUUCUCAUAUAUGCAGGUUAGGAAUAUCAUGAGCAACUGUACAUUUCAGUUCAACUCCAGGGACUUAAAUCCAUGCUCAGAUUAAAGUUGAUUUUCUGAUUUUGUUUUUCUUGUACAAUGGCUUGAAAUCCAUAUGAAUGAACAUAUAUAGCAAACCUUUGUAAAACUAAUUUUUAAAGCUUUUUCAUCACCUUGUUCUUAAAAUGGCAUGUAAUAUGUAUUACAACCAUUUCUUGAUGCCCUUUUAUCUGUAGGCAGAGUUGAUGAACAAAACCAUCCACAUCCUCAUCAGCUGUUCAGCUUGUUAGUAGGAUAUUCUGUAUCUCGG